GCCGCUAUCCCAGAGUGCUUUGUGCCUUUCAGCGGGCGGGCCGCCCGUUGUGUCGCUGUAGUGAUACGCGGGCCCCGCCUGUGACCGCCGGCGGCAGCGCCCUCACCCGGGAGGAGAGCCGGCGCCGCACGGAGCCGGGCCGCCAGCAGGAACGUGCGCGCCGGAGCCGCUGGCUUGGGAGAGAAGCGGCGGCAGCAGCAGGAGCAGCAGCAGCUGGGACGAGAAAGAAUGACUGAAGAUUAAAAGGACAAUGGGCUGCGUGUAUCCUGAUGGUAUCUUGUGUACAGUGACAUGUUACUUGCUAUGGCAUCUGAGACUGAAAAGGCUCAUGCUCUUCUCCAAACUUUCAGCACAGCUUCAGUUAUUUCCAGUUUAGGAUUGGGAAUAUUCUGCUUCAUAGCAGACCGACUUCUGCAGUUCUCUUUCAUUCAGCAACACGACUGGCUCCGAGCUCUCUCUGAUAAUGCAGUGCAUGGUAUGGUGGGAAUAUGGUCCUGGGUGAUAGUGAUUGGGCUCAGGAAGAAGAGUGACUUUAGUGAAGUCAUUUUAGCUGGUUUUCUCUCUUCUGUCAUUGAUGUCGACCAUUUUUUUCUAGCUCGCUCCCUUUCAUUACAGGCUGCUCUGACUCUUCCACAAAGACCACUUCUUCAUUGUUCUACUGUGAUUCCUGUUGUGGCUGUGACAUUAAAGUUUAUUAUGCACCUUUUCAGGCUUAAGGACUCAUGGUGCUUUCUUCCCUGGAUGUUGUGUAUAUCCUGGACUUCUCACCAUGUCCGUGAUGGAAUUCGUCAUGGCCUCUGGAUCUGUCCAUUUGGAAAAACUGCUCCCUUGCCAUACUGGUUUUAUGUGGCAAUCACAGCAUCUUUACCUCAUCUGUGUUCAUUUGUUAUGUAUUUAACAGGGACCGGAGAACUAAUGUCUAUAAAACAUGGAAUUCGCAUUGAUGUCUAAGGAUGAUAGUCCUUGGAAGUCACUUGUUUUGAAGAUUACAGUGAAGUUGAUCCCUGUGCAUUCCUCAUGAUUUCUAAAUUAGGUAAUUUGAAGCCACCGAGCCAUUUAUAAUUCCAGAAUCAAUUAUUUGUGGCUACAGAAAUCUGUUGUCUUAAUGGUGUUGAUAUAAUUUCCAGGCAUCCUCUUCAUGACAUCUGUAGUCUUCAAUGUCAGUUCUGUAAUAGCUAAUUAAUAUAUAAAUUUCAGUCAUUCCUAAAUAUUUAAAUUUCCUCCUCCUACUAUUAUCUCUGCUAUAGUAGUGCCGUUCUUCUGGUCACCCUCCACUUUGGGAAAUACAUUCUCCCUUUGAGCACCCACUUUUUUUCUGUAAUUAACAUUUGCAUAGCACUUUGAAGAUGCAAAGCGCUACAAAAGUACUAAGUAUUAGAAUUCAGUGCUGUAUACCCAUUCUGAGAAAUAUCUAACAGCUGUUUUUUGUAACUUGUUAGUUUACCCCAUUUGAGUCUAACUUCUUGUACUCAGCUGGCUGGAAAAAUAAUGCUAUUUGUUUUUUCAGGAUGUGCUAAUGAUUGUCUUGGGAACACUUAAGUGUGAACAGUGACUGCUAUUUAGUAAAAUUUAUUCCAAGCACUUCUCUUGCAUAAUUGCCUGAUACUCACUUUCCAAAAAACUCUUAUCUGGGAUUUUUGGUUAGCAAAGAGAAAAUAAUUAGUUUAGGAGUAUUGUGUCUUUUAAAUAAUGCAAACCUUCUGUAAUUUCAUACUAAUAAAUAUUAAUAAUUUUAUCUAAUAUUUAAACAAUUGUGUUAAAGGCUUAUUUGCUGCAGGAAAGUAUAAGCUUUAAAGAAUUUUCAGUUUAAAUCCUAAGAAGAUUGAAAUGACUCCAGAAAUAUAGCUAUUGUAUUAAGAGUUUACUACUGUAUCUAUUACCUGUUACUGUGAAGUUUUUUAGCUGCAGCAGCUUCUACUAAAUAUAAUAUUGUUCCUCUACUUAAAAACAAAAGCACCUCAUUAUAUGUAAUGUUAUUAUUUUAUGCUGGGAAAAUGCAAUUUUGUAUAUGGCAAAUUCAUGACAACGGCAGGAAUGUGCACCAUGAGCUUAUUCAAAGUAACCUUUUUCAUUCUGUAGAAAUCUCUCAGAAAAUCCCCAAAAUAGAACUGUGUGUGUUAGGUUUUAGUGGGUAGCAUUAUAAGUUGUGAAAUAUUUGCAUCAACCUCUUCCUUAAAAACUCUUAAAACAACAAAUUCCAAUUUAUUUAUAGGCGUAAGGAGCCAGAUUCUUGGCUGGUGUAAGUUAGUGACUUCAGUGGAGCUAUGCCAACUUACACCAUCUGAAGAUCUAGCCUGAGAUGUUGUUUUUAUGGAAGAGAAACUGUAGAGUUGGGUUUGUUUAAAAUAAUAGGAACAAACAGUAAAGAACAACUUCUGUGUUUUCUGCAUUUUAGAGCUCUCUAAAUUUACCUCUGCUAUUGCUGACUCAUGGGGGGCUGCAUAGACCUCCUGUGCUAUGCAGCUGUGCAUACUGCACCCCAUUCUGAAGAGUUACUUCCCGCCAAUCCUCUCUCAGAAGCAGAAGACUAAGCACCACUUGAGUAUAAUAUGGUAAUUAGGCCUGUGAGAAGAAUGUUGAUGCAGUUAUUCUGCUUAGCAUGAAACCUAAAAGUCUUAAAGUGAGUACCCUCCUUGGAAAGAAAAUUUGAGGGAGCAGUAUGGCAUGAAAAGAGGAACCUUCUUUAGGAGUGCUUUGCACAGCAUGUGAAUCUUUCCCUUUUACAUGCAACAAAUGCUGCAAUGGGCAGUGGGUAUCAAAGGCAGGGGGAGGCUGAGCUUCUGCAAACAGCCUUGUGUGGCCCUGUCAUAAACAGAUAGUUAAGGGUUAAUGUCUGUUUUACCUGAAAAGGGUUAAGAAGCUUAGUAAA